CAGGGACACCGGGGAGGGGCAGGGGGUGUGUGGGGCAGCAGCAAGGGCGUGGGAGUGUUUGCGCCUGCAAUGUCCAGGCAGCUCCUGCGCGGGUCUGACCUUGCACGUCAGGAUUAUCCGGGCUGGGGCUAGCAAGCGCCUUGCCCCGGGAAGUGGGGGAGGGGGGAGCGGCGCAGAGGGGGCGAGGAAACGAGCAGCCCGGCUCGCCUGUCGCAUCUGGGGCAGCAGGUCGCGCGAAGAGCCGCUGUGCCGGGCCCCUAGAGUGGCGCGUGCGCACUGCGGGCCCGGUCCCUCCUCCCCCAGUGGAAGCGGCUACAAAGGGGAGCGGAGGCGGCGGGCGGGUUGAGCGAGACGCGAGCCGCCGGGGGAAGCCGUCUCCUCCCAGCUCUGCCCGGAGGGAGCGAGGAGCGGAGCCACCCAGCUCGCAGGCACCUCUCCUGCGGCCACGCAGCGCCGCGCUAGCUCGCGUCUUCCCGCCCGGGCCAGCGGCUCUCGCCGCCCCUUCCCUUCCCGCCCGUAGUGCUGGCGAAGGGGAAGCAGCCGAUCAACACGUUACUAGGGACUCCCGGGGCUGCUGCUCUCCUCUGAGCUGGCAACAGGCAGGAGGAGCCACUUGGCUGCUGCUAAUUUCAUGAUCUAAUUUCACCUUGCAGUGCCCCCCCCCGCUCAGAGGCGAUCGCUAAUCCCAGAGUUUUGCAAAGCUCUUAAGCACCCUGCGCUGCAGGCAGCAACCUGUUUACUCUGAGGCGCUGGAGACGAGGAAUUAGUGUUGGCAGUAACCUGGCAGGGGAGAGGGGGGUUGCAUUUCCGCAGCGAUCUUCCCGUGCAAUAAAGGCAAGGCAGCGGGACAGAGACAGGCACCAGCCAGAGGAUGUGCAUAGGCAGCUCCACACCCGGGCCGGUGCAACUGCUCCCACAGACGGCAACGGGAAGGGCAAGGGCGGAGUGAUGGAUGUGGGGCUGCCUCUAGUGUUUGCACUUGCCACCUUCAUUCGGAGCCGUUGAUGCAACUUCUCAAGGUUUGUCCCGGCAGGUGAGAGGGGACACGACCCGUCCUCGGCGUGUGGCUUGUUUUCUCUUCCUUUGCUGGCCGGUUUCGCGCGCCCUUCGGGACAUUUGCUGCGGAAAUGAAUCGAACUUGAAAGGCGCAAAGGGUCGAGAGUGUCCUUUCUACCCACCCUCCUCCUCACCGUCCCCGCUUUCCCCCGCCGGCCGGCGUGUGUGUUUGGCAGCAGCAGCGACAUGGGGCUAACUCCCAACGCCAGCCGCUUGGGCGGCUGCUCUUUAUAAAGAGAGAGCCGCUGGGUGCAACCACUCACCGCCAUGCAGCCCCACGGUGCGCUCCUCGCAUUUGCCCUGGGCUUGCAGCUGCUCGGAACUUUGACUCCCUUCGCCCCUGUGGCCGGCCCCCAGGCACCCUUCGCCCGAGCUGCGGUGGCGGGCAGAGCGGAUCGCGAGGCAGACAGCGGCCAGCAGCAUGCAGCCCGGCGCCGGGCAGCCCCUGGGCUGCUCCAGCAAACCCCACCGUCCCCCAAAGAGGGGAGCAGCCGGACCGUCGGCGAGUUCCGUUUAGGAAGCGGUGCCGGCAGGUCCAGAGCAACAGCACCCCGUGCAGCGGCGGGAGAGGCUGCGUCGAUGCACAGUGCUAGGGACUUGGCUGCUGAAGCUGCCCUGCACUUGGGCGCGAGGAGCAGCAGCGGCGGAUUUCCUGCCGAGGAGCCUAGGGGGCAGCCUGAUACCCCUUGGCAGGACGCUGGCGAGGGGAAGGGGAACACGGGCCGGCCGGUAGCUCUGGGGACCGGAGGAUGCCCUACUCCCCAGGGCGUUGCUGGGCACAGGGAGGAAGGUAGCAGCACAGUAAGGCGCAGCCCCAAGACGCUUGCUAGGAGCAGGAGAGGAGCCAGCGAGCUGCAGGGCAGGGGCAAGGGAGGAGGGGGAGGGAAAACCAAGAGCCCGAAUAGCAACCUGGCAAAGCCUUUCAACAGCUCCCUGGGCAGCCCGGCUCCUCCAGCCGAGGGCGAUGGCGAGGCGGAGGAGGAGAGUGCCCCUCAGUUGCUGCCCUUGAAUGGCUCCUCCCGCGAUGGGCUAGAGAGGGGCGCUGGAGCCCGCAGCAACAGGACCAGCCGCCGGGCCCGGCUCAAGAACCCUUUCUACCCGCUGACGGAGGAGUCGUACGGCGCCUAUGCGGUUAUGUGCCUGUCGGUGGUGAUCUUCGGCAUCGGCAUCAUGGGCAACAUGGCAGUGAUGUGCAUCGUGUGCCACAACUACUACAUGAGGAGCAUCUCCAACUCCCUGCUGGCCAACCUGGCCUUCUGGGACUUCCUCAUCAUCUUCUUCUGCCUGCCCCUGGUGAUCUUUCAGGAGCUCACCAAAAAGUGGCUGUUGGCAGAUUUCUCCUGCAAAAUCGUUCCGUACAUCGAGGUAGCUUCUCUUGGAGUCACUACGUUCACAUUGUGUGCCCUUUGUAUAGACCGAUUUCGUGCUGCCACUAAUGUACAGAUGUAUUAUGAAAUGAUUGAAAACUGUACCUCAACAACUGCCAAACUGGCUGUUAUAUGGGUUGGUGCUCUGCUAUUGGCACUUCCAGAGGUCGUUCUACGACAGUUGACAAAGGAAGACUCUGCAUUUAGUGGCAGCCCACCUGGGGAACGUUGCGUGGUAAAGAUCUCUACUGAAUUACCUGAUACCAUUUAUGUAUUAGCUCUCACAUAUGAUGGUGCAAGACUCUGGUGGUACUUUGGCUGUUACUUUUGUUUGCCUACCCUUUUCACUAUUACCUGUUCUCUGGUAACUGCAAGGAAAAUCAGACGAGCAGAGAAGGCUUGCACAAGAGGAAACAAGCGACAAAUUCAGCUGGAAAGUCAGAUGAACUGCACAGUGGUGGCUUUGACUAUUUUGUAUGGGUUUUGCAUCAUUCCUGAAAAUAUCUGCAACAUUGUGACUGCCUACAUGUCCACAGGGGUCUCACAGCAAACUAUGGAUCUCCUCCAUCUCAUUAGCCAGUUUCUUUUGUUCUUUAAGUCCUGUGUGACUCCAGUUCUCCUUUUCUGUCUUUGCAAACCCUUCAGUCGGGCCUUUAUGGAAUGUUGUUGUUGUUGCUGUGAUGAAUGCAUCCAGAAGUCUUCAACAGUGACAAGUGAUGACAAUGACAAUGAGUACACAACAGAGCUUGAACUAUCGCCUUUCAGUACCAUCCGUCGUGAAAUGUCCACCUUUGCUUCUGUUGGCACUCAUUGCUAAUUGACUCUUUGGCUUUUUCUGCAGUACCCCUAUUUUUGUAAACUUCACAUUUUUUCUUGUUGGAACAAAAUGGAAAAAAAUAUGGCUUAUAAGAAAUACCCUGUAAACUGAUUUGUAUAGUAACAGUUGUGCUUUGGAAAAUAAUUUCUGUUUAGUUAUGAAAAUGAGACAGAGGGCCAAUGUGGAGUUUUAAAUCAUUAUAUUUGGGAUGGUGCUAGUGUUUUAUUAUUUAAAGGGAUAGGAGAAACCAUGUUGACCUACUUUAUUUAACUUCUUGCUAAUUUUUUUUUUGAUAAUCACUGUAAAUUGAUUACAUAGACAUUGUGGGUUUUUUUUUCAAGAUGUUUAAUGUACAAGAUAUGGUAAAAAAUUUUGAAGCAACUUUUAAUCAAUUUACUGUAUAAUAUUGUGAGGUUAUUUGGAGUUUGGAAAAUUUACAAGGUAGCAAAUAAUAAAUGAGAUUUUAUUCUUUAAAUUAAUUGUCAAUCUGUAUUUAGCUAUUUAAAUAUUAUUAAAUUGCCUUAAUAAAGAUAAAAAAAUCUUUGCUUUACACAGACUAAUUUAAAUUAACCAUAUUUAAUUUACCAUUCACAUACUUACCCUUGGAGACAGUAAUUACCAUGUUUAAAGAAGAUGCUUGUAAUGGAACUGGCUUUACAUGAGCAGUUUUAAAAUGUGUAUUAUAAAGGUUCAAUGUGUUACAUUUAACAUUUCCUUUUUUAACUUAUAGUUACAGUUUCUAAGUUACUUGGAUCUAUUUGAGAAGUAAGAUUUGCUUUUACCUUGAAUUAUAUUAUGUGUGGCUUCAUUGACAGAGUUUCUUUUCACUUUUUUUUUUUUACACUAAGGACAUGCCCUCUAUCUGCACAUGUAACUCCCACUGGCAUCUAUGAGGCCAGGUCUACACUACAUGGGAAGGUC